AAUUGUGGUCUGAAUAAACUAUUUACUUUUCGAAUAAUGGACCACAUUGAAGACUUGUUAUUGGGAAUUAAUAUUUUGCAUUCCUUCCGUGAAAGAUAAGAUAACAGCGAAACACGAAGGCUGAAUGACCGCGACACAAUAACAGGAGUUCGACGAACGAGGUUCAUUGUCAUAUUUAUUUACCCUGGACAAAUAUUUGUUAUCAGUGAGGCAUUUAGGCCCGACGUCCACGAAUGAAAAUCAACAAGUUGUGUCUCUUGAAAACACUCGAUCGCUGAACUCUCUGAACAAAACACUAACGGUGAUCCGAGUCACCUUUCUGGAAAUAGUGUUUCGUCAGACAUAUGUAUAUAACCCCUUUAAAGUAUGCGGAUUGCCAUACGUUUGUACAUGUACGUCUACGUGCCGAGCGAAUGGGUCAACACGUGACCCCCUUGCACGCGUCUGUGUGAUACAGUGUAGAAGUAUGCAGUGUUUACGCAAUUGUUUUUGAGAAAAGUAUAGCGGGAUAAUCCCCGAGUCGAAAAACCUCCGUCAUCAUUUAAUUUUAGUUUACGACGAAUCUUCCCACUCCACUCCAAGGUCGUUGUAUUUACAUCCGGGAGUGAUUAUUGGAAGAUUGGGAGUGGUAUAAAAAGCACUGUCUUCGUUUCCUUCCAGAUUAGAGAUUUUGCUUUUCGACACGACACACUAUUCUUGAGUUGGUGUACAACAUGGAGUUUGUGACACUGCGAUCGUUUGGACUGAUCUUCUGUGUUUUAACUCUCUGUUUCUACGGGGCCUUUGGGGUUCUUGAAGCACAGAUUGUUGUGGUGAACGGCACAGAAGUAGGACCGGGUGUCGUGGACGCUGAGGAAGGGGAUAACAUUACGCUGAGGUGUGAAGUGCGAGGUUUAGCGCAGGGAGAUACCAUCACCUGGCGGCUCAACUUUCAGGUCCUAACGACUGACGGUCGGAUUGUGAUCACACAAGGACCGCUCGAUGGCCGGGGCGAUUCUUCUACUGAUGAGGCACUCACACUGACUAUUUCCCACGUCAGCACACGGGACACUGGACGAUACGUUUGUGAAGUACGGCAACAGAACGCAGAAAACCCUUUGACGCACGCCGAAGAGGCAACAUUGACUGUGUUUUCCUUCCCGGGCGAUGGUAAUCCAGCAUGCACGCCGAGCGGUCCACUGGCCGUGUACAUCGGCGACAGCACGGCACUGACUUGUGCAUCGCGUAGAGGUAACCCUCCCGUAAACCUGACCAUCUUCACCCUAGACUCUGCUCCAUCUGAUGUUGCGUGGAAUACCACUGAGUCUGAAGACACGAUCACAAAGAGUAAGGACUUGGUGAUCAACGCACCUCACGCCGACUUUGUUUUCAUCUGUAAAAUCACCAGCCCCCGGUAUCCAGACGAGCGGCGGAAUUGUACUAUCGGCCCCAUCCGUGUCGAGCAGCGUCCCCAGCCGACCACACCGCAACCAACUUUCUCUCAUACCCCAACCGUGUCUGAGACCACAGCAACAAGUGAACUGACCAGAGUUAGAUCCUCUGCUGCCGAUGUAAGCACUGCCCAGCCGCUUCCAGAUACCAGUGGUUAUACAAUUCUGUUCUCCUCCCCGGGCCAGACUGACACAGCCGAACCGCUUUCGACGCAAACUGCUCCUCUGGAUUCCUCAACACAGACAAUGUCCACCUACAUCAAUGCCAUUCCAACCACACCAUCAGAGACAAGCCAGACUGCAUCUUCUGCAUCUUCGGACACACCUUCCACAGAGCCCACACAUCAGCAAACUUCUCCGCCAGUGACUGAAAACCCAAUAAUCCCUGCUAGCACGUCGGCCAUGUUGACCGAUGGUGCUUCAACGAGAGACAGCACGACGAUCAAACCUACUGACCCGAUGUCCCAAACAACUUCUGCAAUGUCUGAGGUUUCAACAACCGCAGUAAGUCUGACUACAACUUCCGUAUCUUCAAACACCCCCUCCACAGAGCCCACAUUUCAGCAAACUUCUCAACCAGUAACUGAAAACUCUUUUACCCCUGCUGUCACUUCAGCCACAUUGACCGAUAGUGCUUCAACGAGUGACAGCACGACGACCAAACCUACUGACCCAAUAAUGUCUCAAACAACUUCUUCAAUGUCUGAUCUCUCAACUGCCACCCCAGAGGUUUCAACAACCGCAGUAAGUCCGACUACAACUUCAGUUUCUUCAAACACCCACUCGACAGAGCCCACUUUUCAGCUAACUACUCAACGAGUAACUGAAAACUCUCUUACCCCUGCUGUCACUAAUUCAGCCUCGUUGACCGAUAGUGCUUCAAUGAGUGACAGCACGACGACCAAACCUACUGACCAAAUGUCCCAAACAAUGUCUGCAAUGUCUGAUCUCUCAACUGCCACCCCAGAGGUUUCAACAACCGCGGUAAGUCCGACUACAACUUCAGUUUCUUCAAACACCCCCUCGACAGAGCCCACUUUUCAGCAAACUGCUAAACCGGUAACUGAAAGCUGUCUUACCCCUGCUGUCACUAAUUCAGCCACGUUGACCGAUAGUGCUUCAACAAGUGACAGCACGACGACCAAACCUACUAUCCCAAUGUCCCAAACGCCUUCUGUAAUGUCUGGUCUCUCGACUUUCACUCCAGAUGGUUCCACAUCCGUGGUAAGUCCGACUACAUCUUCUUUAUUUUCGGACACCCCCUCCACAGAGCCCAUAUUUCAGCAAACCACCCUGUUAGUGACUGGAAAACUGAUUACCACUAUUGCUACUUUGACCAACCCUACUAGCCAAAUUUCAGAUCCGACUACAGAACUCCUCUCGACCAUGCCAAGUCUCUCGACUACUGACCCGGACAGCUCUACCACCGUUGAGAGCACACCAACUGCUCUCCCCUCCACAACUGGAACUUUCCUGACUGAACCCAAAACUAACCCCACCACAUCGCCAUCCGACUCCCCAUCAACUUUUCCCGACCACACGACUGUGUCCUCCGACCACAGUACCGUUUUCCUAGAAGCUAGCACAAUCCAGUCGAGCACAGAGAAGGGUGAGGUCUCUACGAAUAAUGCACCACCAACUCAGUUACCAUUGCCAACUGAAACUAGCCCAACUUCUCAGAGCUCUGACCCAAUCACCUCUCCACUGACAUCCUUGUCAAGUGCCACCACCGUGACCCCUGAAUUGUCAAGCCAAGACCCCAUCCCCACUGCCAUCAACCCAAGAACACAUCGGUCUUCCACGACUGGCAAGUACAUCCCAAGCAAGACUGAAAGUCCUCGCCCGAAGAGCAGCCACAAACCUGCCUUCACCACUCUCGAUCAUAUGCCGCCUGACCCAAUGGAGGGUGACCAGCAACCUCCACUUUACUGGCUGAUCGCUUUUAUCGUGGUCGCUGCUUUACUAAUCCUUUCCGUUGUCAUCAUUGUCUUGAUGUGCUUGAAGAUGUGGCACAUGAGCAGAUUCAACUGGACUCUGGGAACGGACGCCUUGCCGACCAGGGAACAGCAUGAAAGGCAAAGGGGUCAGAUGAAGAACGGCAUUGUGAACGGUGGUUUCUACGAAAUACCGUUAAGCCCUGUUUAGACAGGAAGCCAUUGAGCUGCUUUUAGUAAGGAAUUUUGAAACCACAUAAAAAAGAAUAACUUGGGGGGAAAAAUCCUAACCAGCAAAAACAAAUUUAGUCGUUGGCUUUUGCUUCAGAUGUUAUUUUUGCAUAGAAUGCAUGUGUUCCCUGUUUAAUAUCACAUAAGCAAAACUUAAGACGUUGCCAAGAUAGCACAUAGGUGAAAUGGAACAUAGGCCAAGUUGUUUAGUUGUUUCCUUGAAUAUUUUUAAUACAUUUUUAGAUCAAGUGCACGCUAUACUAAGCGAAACUUCUUUGGCUAAACGAAUCUUGCACUAAGAGGAAUGCAUAAGUGACUUUUGUAUUUUAUUCACUGUAUUGUACUCGGCCAUUAACGAAAAUAUUGUACAAAUUAUGAUUGUGUACUGUUAUGAUGACUUAUUCGAAACCUGUGUAAAAUUGUAUUUAUUGAAUCCGUCCAUCGGUUUAUGUAUUUCUCAAUGUAUAUAACUAAGUUGCCAGAUUUCUAAGUUUUUGCCAUAAAGAAUCAUUUUUGAUGUGUACAUGUGGUUGAGUUUUACGGUUUGACAUGCAUGCACUUGUACCCGUUUUCCCUACAAAAUAUAAAAUUGGAAGUAAUUAUUUUUUUAUUUCCAAAGACUUCAAAUUCGCUGUGUUCGAGUAGAAGACUAUUUGGAUCGAAUGGAUCGAGUAUUUAUCUGGGUUUCCUCCGAAAUGAUUCUUUUCUCAAGGUGUUUCAAUCAAAACUUUUCACCUUUCUUCGAAAUUAAAGGGAUAAUGACAUUAGACAAUUUUAACACAGGAUGUUUCUUUUCACUCAGACUCAGUGAUAUUUAUAUUAGUUUAGAAAGUUAGUUGCCUGCUUAUAAAAAAUGAAUGCGUAUACCAAAUUUUGUUGUUGAUAUUUUCACCUGAAUACAUCACCAACUUGAUGAAUACACUGAUGUACAAUUUUCACUCACUAUCUGCAGGCUAUAAAUUUUAAUGAAUAAAUUGUAAAUGUUGAAAUAUUAGAUCGUUAAACUUUAACGACUUUCUCAAAACUCUGUUUUUACUGACAGUUUAAGAUGUUCCUCAAUUGAAUCUUGUACAUGUAUUCUCCAGCAAAACCUUUAUUCAUUUAGAAAUCGAUCAUUCUAAAUAGACCUAGACAUCUUUUGUUUUAUUUGGUUUUGUAUAUAUUUUUCUGCUAUUUUGGGUUUUGUUUUAAAUGCUCGUUUAUACGGGGAAAGGUUGACGAUUGUACAUUGAAAACUAUUUCUGCCUAUUUAACGUGAAGUGCUACGUCUUAAAAUAGUGUUGCAUAAUUGCAUUGAAUGUUAUGAAGACUUUCAUGUUUGAUUUUCAGUUCUUUUUCGCAAUGUGUAUCUUGAUAUGUAAACUUAUACACACUGUUAAAUGGUAAUUAGGGGAUGUUUUAAAAUGUACACAGUUAAAAUGCGUUGUAACUUCUCACUCCGUGUCAAUUAGCAUACACGCAAAACUGAAGUUGUUUUUAAUAAUCAUAUUAUGAAAAGGAUCAUCUUGAA